AGCAGCGGGGGAUAUCGUCACUUUCGACCUGGGCUUGACUGACCGCACACCCUGCACGACCUGUGAGCGAGAUGACGACGACCAGCUUCCUCCCCCGCUCCGCGGCGGCGCCGCCGCUGGACGACGACGACCUGCUCUCCGAGAUCCUCCUCCGCCUCCCCCCGCAGCCGUCCUCCCUCCCGCGCGCCUCCCUCGUCUGCAGGCGCUGGCGCAGCCUCCUCUCCGACCCCGCCUUCCGCCGCCGCUUCCGCAUCCACCACCGCCGCAGCCCUCCGCUCCUGGGCUUCAUCGACGCGAACCAGGGCAUCACCUUCCAGCCAGCCCUGGACGCCCCCGACCGCCUCCCCCGCGGCCACUUCUCCCUCAACCUCGACGACCGCUACAUGACCCUCGGAUGGCGCCAUGGCCUCGCGCUCUUCUUCCUCCCGAUCUCGCUCCAGGUCGUCGUGUGGGACGCCGUCGCCGGCGUCCAGCACCGCCUGGCCGUGCCCCCGGGGUUCGGGUUCCACCCGUUGGAGAACCCCAUCAACGGGACGGUGCUCCGCGCCGCCGGAGAAAUCGACCACUUCCAGGUGGUCUUGGUAAGCAGCGACGGGAAGCAACCUAGAAGAGCGCUCGCCCGUGUUUACUCGUCGGAGACCGGCGUAUGGGGUGAUUCCAUCUCGUGCCCGGUUCCAUUGGUGUCUAUGGUUCAUAUAGGCGAGCCCGCUGUACUGGCGGGGGAUUGCAUUUAUUGGUUGGUUUCAGCAUCGAAUAUCCUCGAGUUUGAUUUGGAUAGGCAGACCCUAGCUGUGACAUUGUUGCCAGCGCAGCUGCUUACCAGCAGCAAUCGCCAUGUCGGGGUUAUGCGGGCAGAGGGUGGUGGGAUGGGUCUCGUCGUCGUGUCAGGCUUCAUCGCCCAGUUAUGGAAGAGGGAGACAGACUGGCAUGGCGUUGUUUCAUGGAUCCCUGGAAGAACUAUUGAACUGGACAAGUUACUUCCCCCAAAUUCAGAGAAAGAGCCACCGAAUAUGAUAGGUUAUGCGGAGGAAAAUAAUGUGGCCUUCUUCUGGACAGUUGUUGGUGUCUUCAUGGUCCACCUCGAGUCAUGGCAGCUCAAGAAACUUUCUGCGACCGGCAUCGCUUAUCGUUACUAUCCAUUCGAAAUUGUCUAUACUCCAGGCAUUGGUGGUGGACAUGAGGGAGCGAAAGUUGGUAGGCAUUUGUGGUGGACACGGUGGAGACAAUACAUAAGACAAUUAUUCAGUUAGACAUGAUAUUAUAAUGUACUGGUCGAGCAGAGUAAAAAGGACCGGAGGGAGUAAUUUGGUGCUGGUAGAUGGUCCAGUUGCGAUCGUUUUGAGUGACAAAUAGGAUCUGAGUGAGUGUGAUCUGGUUACCAGAGUGAAAUCUCCGGGUAUAAUGAGUAUCUUCAUGUUCCCUUGGUACAAAUUUCUGAAUGGACCAAAUAAUGUUCUCUGUACUGAAAUUUCCGGGUAUAAUGAGUGAAAUCUCCGGGUAUAAUGAGUAUCUUCAUGUUCACUUGCCAUAUCUGCUAGCAAACUGAUAAUUACUGUUUGAACUACAACAAAGGAAAUU